CUAAUUUGACAUUUUCGUUUCCUGACUGUCUACUCUGUCGUGUUGUUGACAAAAAACGAAACAAAUAUCGCUUUUUACCGGGCAAGAUGGGUGCGUCGUUGGAUACCCCGUCCUGCGAGCCCCCGGUGUGUUCUUUAUGCCACGGUAUUUGUCGGAAUCCGCCCGCGCUGAGAUGCAAACAUUUUUUCUGCUAUUGCUGUAUACAGGAGUUAUGGAGCGGUUCGCCCACCGGUCCCUACUACUGUCCCGAGUGCAAGGAGGAGUACAAUACAUUACCGUUUGGGUUUAAGAGAGACACAACCGCAAGGCCGUGGCGAGAUGAAGCGCCUGCACAUACACGCACCACCGCAGCCACAGGUAACUUCCUAAAUUCCCCAGACAAGAUCCGCCCAUGCGCGAUUAGCCUGGGGACAAGGGGUGUAUUCAUUACGCCGAUUCUGUUGCAAAAUGUUUCGUCUGUUACAAAACGUUUUGCAACACAAACCGUUUACUUCAAACGGAAAACGAAAAGAGAGUUUCUAUUGGACAAAUUCUGGUAUGUUUCGUUCCGUUUGCUCUGUCAGCUUCCGUUUGGUUCUUAAACGGUAAACUGUUUCCGUUGCAAGACAUAAUGAAUACACCCCAGGUUGGCUGGCUAGUCAUGGGAACGAACAUUUCCAAAGGUAGGCUACUGCUGGGAAAUAUGUAAAUUACAUGUCUAAUGGUACUAGGCCUACAGUAAAACAAUAACCGAUUGUUAACACGUUGUUUUAAUAUGGUGAUGAUGACUUGGCUAUGAUUGGAACAUUAACAACAGCAUUAUAUUGACUGACGCCCACGAGUAACGACACAGGUCGAAGUCUACUGUAGUCUAGUCACUUGCCUUAUAAUCAAUAGACCUUAUUCUAUUCUAUCUAAAGAUAUUAUGUUUAUUUGUAAAUAUUUUUAAACUCUGCAUCGUUGGGAAGGCUUGUAAGCAAGCAUUUCUCGGUAAAGUCUACACCUGUUGUAUUCAGUGCAUGACAAUUUUUUAUUUAUUUGAUUUAGCUAGGGUUUGUGCCCUUUUGAUGUAUCCUAAAUGGGCCUAAUCACUACUAAUUUAUUUGUGUUAUGUGUGUCUUGUUGGGUAUAUAGGCAGAGCCAAUGAAGAGGAAGUCAUUGAGAUCAAUCCGUUGGGCUGGACCCUUGGGAAGAGAUCCUCCAUCUCUCUAUCCAAGCGUCUGUUAGGGAAGAGACCUGCCAGUUCACCUGUCCCAGGUGGCCAUCGUCACGACAACAAGAGACAAGCCACUGGCAGCUCCUCUUCCUCCCACUCCAAGGGACAGGCUGGUGACAGUAAGAUACCCACCACUUCCUCUUCCUCCUCUUCAGCCAAUCAGAACACGUCGUCUGACGUUGAGUUGUCCAGUGAGGAGGAGGCGCCAGCAGCACCGUUCUCCUUAGCAACCAAACCGUCUAGUAAAAAGUCCGCCACUGCCAGAGGUCCGGACCUGACAUGUGAUAGGUCUAGGUCCCCUAGGAGAGACCCACCCAUUGAGCUGGACGAACCCCCUGCUACAACAGAACCUCUUACAAGAGAACCCCUGAAUGACCCUAGAAAAUCACCUGAACCAGCAGCAGCAGGUAGCAUCAACAACACAUCGCCAAGAAGAAUCACCGUCAUUGAACUGGACCCACCGCCACCCCCUGUGAGAGAACCCCACACACCCGCCAAGAAAUCUGCUGAAACUACCCAAACAACCCGUUUACAUUUAGUCACCCCUACAAAGGAGAAGCCUGUUGAAGCUGAGAGGGAGACACUUCCAGAGAUCCACAACAGAUCCCCUGGUAUAAUCAGCACCUCCACCUCUCCUACCCGUGCUGCCAACAACCUGUCCCCUGGACGUACCAAUCUGUCCCCUGGACGUACUAACCUGUCCCCCAGCCUGGCUCGCCAGACCUCCAGCCAGACCUCUAGGGAGACCCUCCUGCCCUGCCACUACUGCCCCAGCCAGGGCUCUCUCCCUGCGGUGAAGACCUGCCUGGUGUGUGGGGCCUCCAUGUGCUCCGACCACCUCCGCCCCCACCUGGAGUCCCCUGUCUUCCAGAGCCACACCCUGGUACCCGCCGUGGAGGACAUCUCACCCUGGAGGUAAGGUUUCAAUCUCAAUUGCAUUUCCUUGCAUCAUCUCUUCUCCUCCUCCUCCUUCUCAAAACCCAUUGGAUGAUAAGGUCAGUUGCGAGGAGAGAGGAAAUGUAUUUUGUAUGUUGAUGGUGUUUUGCACUUGUACUCUCAACUGUUCUACCAUGUGUGCUUUCUGUUGUAUAUGUGUAGGUAUUAUUUUUGUCUGUGUUCAAACCUUAUCAAACAGCAUCAUGGUGCCCCAUGUGAAUUUCCUUUUCAAAUUCCUAACAACUUCGGAUGGUAUUGCAGUAAUGUCUUGAUUCUUGUAAUACUUUUGUGUUUCAACAUUUCAUUAAGUUGAUAAUUGUUAUUUGAUGGAUUAUUUGACAAAUCAUUAUACAACUGGCAGCAACAAGCUGAAUUACAAGUACAACUUACAUUACCAUCAGGUGCCCGGAACACCAGGAGAUGAACCGGAUCUACUGCCAGCAGUGUAGCGUGUGUGUCUGCACCGUGUGUACCGUGAUCGGGUCGCACCGGGAGCACGCCUGCGUCAGCAUCAGAGAGGCCGAGAGGGAGCUGAGGGUGAGAAACAGAGGAGGGAGGAUUACCUAACUAUUACCAAACACUAAAAACGUACCUCAUCACAUCCCAGUUGUAUGAGCUAUAGUAUUAAUGUUGUCCAACUAAAGGAUCGUAGUGGUGAAUAACCAUAUCACAAGCGUUUAUAGUAUGAAUACAUAUUUCAGAGAACAAAAGCAUGUUUUCUAUUGAUGGUAGGAUGAUGACACUAUGUUUUGUCUUGCAGGGGAAUCUGAAACAGGAUGAUGACACUGUUUUUUGUCUUGCAGGGGAAUCUGAAACAGGAUGAUGACACUAUGUUUUGUCUUGCAGGGGAAUCUGAAACAGGAUGAUGACACUAUGUUUUGUCUUGCAGGGGAAUCUGAAACAGGAUGAUGACACUAUGUUUUGUCUUGCAGGGGAAUCUGAAACAGGAUGAUGACACUAUGUUUUGUCUUGCAGGGGAAUCUGAAACAGGAUGAUGACACUAUGUUUUGUAUUGCAGGGGAAUCUGAAACAGGAUGAUGACACUAUGUUUUGUCUUGCAGGGGAAUCUGAAACAGGAUGAUGACACUAUGUUUUGUAUUGCAGGGGAAUCUGAAACAGGAUGAUGACACUAUGUUUUGUCUUGCAGGGGAAUCUGAAACAGGAUGAUGACACUAUGUUUUGUCUUGCAGGGGAAUCUGAAACAGGAUGAUGACACUAUGUUUUGUCUUGCAGGGGAAUCUGAAACAGGAUGAUGACACUAUGUUUUGUCUUGCAGGGGAAUCUGAAACAGGAUGAUGACACUAUGUUUUGUAUUGCAGGGGAAUCUGAAACAGGAUGAUGACACUAUGUUUUGUCUUGCAGGGGAAUCUGAAACAGGAUGAUGACACUAUGUUUUUUCUUGCAGGGGAAUCUGAAACAGGAUGAUGACACUAUGUUUUGUCUUGCAGGGGAAUCUGAAACAGGAUGAUGACACUAUGUUUUUUGUCUUGCAGGGGAAUCUGAAACAGGAUGAUGACACUAUAUUUUUUGUCUUGCAGGGGAAUCUGAAACAGGAUGAUGACACUAUGUUUUGUAUUGCAGGGGAAUCUGAAUCAGGAUGAUGACACUAUGUUUUGUAUUGCAGGGGAAUCUGAAACAGGAUGAUGACACUAUGUUUUGUAUUGCAGGGGAAUCUGAAACAGGAUGAUGACACUAGGUUUUGUCUUGCAGGGGAAUCUGAAACAGGAUGAUGACACUAUGUUUUGUAUUGCAGGGGAAUCUGAAACAGGAUGAUGACACUAUGUUUUGUCUUGCAGGGGAAUCUGAAUCAGGAUGAUGACACUAUGUUUUGUAUUGCAGGGGAAUCUGAAACAGGAUGAUGACACUAUGUUUUGUCUUGCAGGGGAAUCUGAAACAGGAUGAUGACACUAUGUUUUGUCUUGCAGGAGAAUCUGAAACAGGAUGAUGACACUAUGUUUUGUCUUGCAGGGGAAUCUGAAACAGGAUGAUGACACUAUGUUUUGUAUUGCAGGAGAAUCUGAAACAGGAUGAUGACACUAUGUUUUGUCUUGCAGGGGAAUCUGAAACAGGAGAUGAAGAAGAUGCAGGAAACAGAACAGUCAUUAAUGAGCAGAGUGACUGAGAUUACAGAGAAGAAACUGAGAUUCCAGGUAAGAAGACAGGACCUUAGUUGGACCAGGUAUUUUAAGUCUGACCUGGAGCAAAAUCCUACUGUAUCCCCCUAGACCUUUAAAACCAGGGUCCAUGAUGACAACUGCAUUAGACUCACCACUACACUGGCUGUAUCUGUAUGUAAGGCGUUUUGGAUACAACUAUGUCAACACUGAUUCCUCCUCUCCCCAGAUGUUGCUGGGAGAGGCGCGUGCGGGGGUACAGCAGCGGUACGGGGCCAUGAAGGAGGCCUUGCAGCAGGAGGAAGGCACGGCCCUGCUGUGUGUGACUCGGGUAAAGAAGGGAGAGAACAUGCUCAACUCUAUCCUAAAAAAAAAUAAUAAUAAUGAAACAGUGCUUGGAAGUCAACAGUCAACUGAAAUGUAUGUGUUCUAGUAGGAUAUGUUGCCUUUUUAAGCUAAAAAAAAAACAAGAAAAACAAAGCCUUUAAUUGCAACUGCAUUAAGAGAGUGAUGGGUGAAUCAGGUGUGUCGGUGCAGGUCUAGAACAAAAACGUGGGCUGUACUUCCUGUAGUGACACUUGUCGCUCUCUUAAUUGACUGGCGCCCAAUAGUAGGCUUUGAUUGAAGCUCAAUGUUAAAUUAAAAUCUCCCUACCAUCAUAUCUAAGCCAAUAUGACACCAAUGUCGAUGAAAAUGAGCAAAUCACCUUGAUUGGAGGUACACAACACACUCCCUGCCUCUCCUCAUGAGCCGUCCGGCCGUUAACCAGAACCACAUACUGGAUUUUGAACAAGGUCGUUAGCAUUAGUCAAAGAAAUAAAAUGUCUGUCCCUGACCUAGCUCAGUAUCUAGGUGUCCAUAAAGGGACCAUCAGACUUGCCACCUUUCGGACUGAAUACGUUUGUAGGGGCAACAGUUUUGAUUAAAUGUGUAAUUUAUUGCUUUCACGUGCUCAUUUCUGUCCAUUAAGAACCAAAGAUGUGCUACCUUUUUUGUAGCAUUUCUGACAAUGCUAACAUAUUUUUUUUAGCCAAAGCUCAGAGUUCUAACACGGUGUCGCAACUCGGUUGCUCGGCAACAACACAGCUACACUACAUGGCCAAAAGUAUGUGGACACCUGCUGGUCGAACAACUCAUUCCAAAAUCACGGGCGUUAAUCUGGAGUUGUUGUUGGUACCUUUGGUGCUCAUGUGAAUUUCCUUUCUUUUUUUUCGGCCUCAGACCGACCAAUGCCUACUUCUCAAUUAAAACGUAGUUUUAAAAAAAUUAGUACAGUAGUGAGUUUUUUUUUUCAAUUGUUAUGUGCUGUGUGUACCCAGGAGGAGAGCAGAGCAGUGGGGGGGCUGGAGGAACAGCUGACCCAGCUCCAGGAGUCCCUCUCCUCCCUCCAAAGGGGUCUUCAUACUCUGGAGGGGCUGGCCGACACCCGGGGGGCUGCACGCGUACAGGAGCAGUCCUUCAUCGUGGUACUUACUUGACUUACUUAAUCCUCUUAGUUCCUGGAGGAACAUAGGGCACAUACUAAAUGGUACUAUUGUAUGGAGAGUGUGUUUACAUACCGGAACUAAUUACAUGUAACAUCCAUGUACCCAUGUUUUUCCUAUCUUUCCUUUUGUUCGUGACAGGAGUACAGUAAGAUAACCAAAAGGUAAGCAGCUAUUAUAAAUGACGAUGGGCUACUUCUCAUAUAGUUUCUAAGAGAGAAAUGAAGUCCUACCAAGUCAGCAGAACUGAGUCGGUGUGUUAAGCAGAAAGUCUAAGAGCUCUUAUAUAAUUAUAGAAUACGCUUCGCUUCAUUUUCUAAAUUACUCAGACCACUAUUCCCCAACAUCCCUCCUACAGAUUAAGUGCCUUGGUGAAAGUAUGUUAUGCUACGUUUUCUGUAGAUCAGGCGACAUUCACUGUCGUAGCGUUAUGACAUGUAUGGAUACCGUGGUUAGUUUCAGGUAUAUUUACAGAAUGAAAAUAGCCGUAGUAUGGUUUGACAAAUAGAUUCUUAGUAAUAGUAUUACAGCCUGUAUUGAGAGUAAACCUCAUAUCCUGUCUCCUCUUCCUCUUCCUCUUCCUGCUCCGCCCUCUCCAGUGUGUCCGAGAGCUGUUCUGUGGAGGAGCUGGAGGCUCCAGAGGAGGUGGACAAGGCCAGGCUGGGAUGCCUACAGGAGUGGACAUCGAGGCGGCUGAACUCAGUGGUCAUCUCCCUGCCUGACCGGGACCCCUUCAGGCUGCUCUGUAAGUCACCCCCAAUCUCAUACAGUACCUACACCAUGGGGUUCCCAAACUUUUUUGGCCUCAUUACUAUAUUAAAAAAAAAAAAAAAACAUAUAUGCGACCCCACCAUGUGAAAUAUGUGAUGUAAUCAACGGCCAAUGUUUACAUUUUUUAAUUUGGGCUAUGACCAUAUAUAUUCCAAAUCAGUCUGACAGUACUUGACAGUAUUUCAUUCUGAAGGAAGUGGUUUGAAGUGACUGAAAUGCAUCAGAAAGGUAUUGGGAAAUGCAGAUGUUCAGGCAAUAAUUUUGCAUGAUUUUCUGUGUCGAAAAUAACAUAAUUGAUGAUGUUCUUUUCCCCCCCUAGUCUGAUUUAGUGCUUGGUCUUGUCUAGUCUGUUGUAAUGAGUCGUGCACGGCUUGGCCAUUGUAGAGGGAACGACUCAUGAGAGUCUUAUCUGUCAGCGAUGGGGUCGUAAUAUGUUGUAGCUUAAACCGUUCAGAAGAUAGAGCCACAUUUGUAGGAAGAAAACAGAAAACAGCUGGUUAUUACAACUGCUGCUACCCGAGUUUACUGAUGUUCUAUGAACCAAGCGCAAUUUUUUAUUUCAUUGUUUCUCUUGCGGUCCCAUUUUAAUAUCAGGCGACCCCUAGUUUGGGAAACACUGCCCUACACCAUACCAGCUCCCUACUCAGAAGGAAGUGGAUAUUCAGCCAUGGGUAUUAAAAUAGGUUACGGUUAGGAUGACCAUUUAGGGUUUAGGUAAGGCAUAGGGUUAGCAAACCGCCAUCCGGAACCAUUCAAAAUCUGCCAGUCUAUAUCAAUCACCGCACCAGACAAGUUCAAUGCCAAUGACUAUGGGUCGUUUUUGACUGACAAACCUCUUUUGCUCAUGCCCCUCUUGUGUGUUCUGUGUAAAGGGCCUUUACCUUGGUAUUCAUUUAAUAUUUAUUCAUUUAAUAUUUAUUUGUGUUCUGUGUAAAUGGCACCAGCCUCUACCUUGGUAUUCAUUCAAUAUAUCUUUGUGUUCUGUGUAAAUGGCACCAGCCUCUACCUUGGUAUUCAUUCAAUAUAUCUUUGUGUUCUGUACAGAUGGCACCAGCCUCUACCUUGGUUUUCAUUCAAUAUCUCUGUGUGUUCUGUCCAGAUGGUACCAGCCCCCGUCUGGACCCGGACACAGCCCACCCCAAGCUGCUCCUCUCUGAGGAGAACAGGAAGGUGUCUUACAGCGAGGUCCAGCAGGCCUACCCAGAGCAGGGGGCUCGCUUUAGCUCCUUCCCCCAGGUCUUGGCCUAUAAACCCUUGGAGGGAGGCCGUGCGUACUGGGAGGUGGAGGUGGAGAAGGACGAGGGCAAAUGGAAGGUAAGAGAUCAGAGGGUGUACCAUUGCUAUUAGUUUCUCAGCAUCUGCUAAAUGGCAUUUUAUUCUAAUAUGUUAUAAUAAUAAAUAAUAAUAAUAUGCCAUUUAGCAGACGCUUUUAUCCAAAGCGACUUACAGUCAUGCGUGCAUACAUUUUUGUGUAUGGGUGGUCCCGGGGAUCGAACCCACUACCUUCGCGUUACAAGCGCCGUGCUCUACCAGCUGAGCUACAGAGGAGAUUAGAUUUUAUUACAGAGGAGAUUAGAUUUUAUUGCCAUGUACAAAUAUUAAAAAGGUAAAACAUCACAUAGCAUAUAGCUAGUAACACAUCAUAACAUAAACAACAUCAUCAACAACAUGAACACAUUUCACAUUUCACAUCCCUAUUGCAUUUAACUAAGCCCUGUCAAGAGUACAUCAUUGAUUUUUAAUUUUUGGGAACCCUUUAUUGGCACUAUUUUAGCUAAAUCAAAUGCACCAAAAUAAAAUCGCACUGCCUAGUACAGCAUUGUCAUAGACCAUUGCGCUUGUCUACAGGUGGGAGUCUGCGAGGGUCAGAUCGGCCGUAAGGGCCAGAAAGACACCUGCCGUAUCGGGUUCAACCCCUAUUCUUGGUGCCUGCUGAGUGAGAGGGGGAAGAUUGAAGCCCUGCACGACAAGGUAUGUGGAAGUGAUAACUGAUAUGGAUGCUUCCAUAGAAUUACAUAUAGAAGUGAAUAAGAUCUAUGUGGACGCUUCUCUGUACAACACCAAGAGAAAUUCCUAGGCAAAUUUGCUGCAUUGCAAUAAAGUUUUCUCUCAUUCUGAUUCCUCUGAUUCUGAAGGUGGCUGUCCCUGUGGAGGUCGAUGGGCUGGAGAGGGUAGGGGUGUUGCUGGAUUUCGAGGAGGGUAGCCUGUCGUUCUAUAAAGUGGCACAAGGGGACGCUCUGAGCUUGCUCCAUUGUUUUAAACAGAGGUUCAGUGAACCACUGUAUCCUGCUCUAGCUGUGUCCAAAACACAACUCACCAUCACUGAUCUGUUCCACUGUUGAGUCAGACUAGUUGCAAGGACACUUCAGUUCUGCAUAAAUCUUAAAGGGGCAAUCUGGGAUUCAA